AUGGUAUCAUUCGGAUUCCUCCGCAGGUUGACAGGGCAUUUAAUAAUUAGUUUUGUUUUAACUUCGCUACUAAACUUUGUACCAACUAACAACACCGGUACGGUUCCGUAUUCGUUAAAAGUUAAAAAAUAUGUUUGCACCGAUACGCCGUACAAAGAGUCGACGCUUUAUUCCUGUAAAAGUAUCCCGCGAAGAAACGCGCCCACUUUGGUCCAAUUGACACUAAAUGUUCCGAAACUGUACAAUAACGUUGUAGUGAAAGUUAUGUUGUUCUAUAAGUUCAGCACUUACCAGCCUUUUAUGAUCACCAUAGUAGGCAAUGCUUGUGAAUUCAUUCGGCAUCCACCUGAAUUUGGCAUUGAAAAACACGUGUACGGUGUAAUUGCAGAAACAGCUCCAGAGCUGCUAGUUCCUUGCCCAAUAGGCAAUCGUCUCUACAACAUUACAUGGUGUCUUGAAGAACGACACGCGCCGAAGAACAUUCCAGCAGGGGAAUACAAAAUACAAUUUCAGCUGACAAUCCCGCCCAACGUCACCUUAUUUGCAAUGGAUGUAUAUUUAGUAGUUCGUAAUACUGGCAUUGUAUCCUCUUUCAUCUCAAAAUAA